GCAUUUCGUAGAAAGGCCGGGUAUGGAUUUUGUUUCCACGGUAACAAUGAAAAACGCGCCGAUCGUUAUGAAAUUUCCAUUUUUUUCACAAUUUAUCGCCGUUUUCUCGCCAACCAAGUCGAAAAUUAAAAUUCUAAAACGCUACCUUCAGCACAGCAAAAUACUCUUUCCAAUAAAUCGUAUUUGGUCUCGAUACCUCAUAAACUGGAGAAUCCUUAGGCAUUUUAGUGAACAUUUUUUUAUAUUUAUUUUAGCCACAUAUCAGUCACGCAAGUAUGUCAACGGAACGCGCAGCGUUUAAAUGAACUGGCAUUUUCAGUAGUGUCUCCUAUUACCUGUUAGUAAACUGAAAUGACGCGGGCCUCAAGCAAUGGCGGAGAUCCAACUGGGCGCCUAGCCGCCUACCGGCUCAUUCAUUAUUUUAAAACGUGGCGGUGGUGUUUUUCUGAAAUUUCACAUUUUUACAUUAGUAUUGGGAGCUUUGUACAAGAGAUCCAAUGUUCCCUUUUCUCUGCAGAAGUAGCCUUAUAGCUUAUGACUUUGUACAACAGCAUGACGAAGUGGCCGCACUUACUACUGCUGGUAGCUGUAUUGCAAGGGCUGGCUACGGGCCAUCGUUUCCCAACAGCGCGUAUCCGGAACCCGAUACAAGUCAUAUUGGAGGACAAUCAUUCCAGAAACUAUACCAUAACACUGGAUGGAUCCGUAUCAACAGGGGCGGACUCCUUCGAAUGGGAGGAACACAGGAGGCCGAGAUACGCAUCAGCAUCGAAGAUUGAAAACCGUCUUGAUGCCGUUACCAACGUUACCAUUGACGCACAGCAAGGAGUCUACCGGUUCAAACUAAGCGCAAAGUCCACUGGGAGGCGCAAGAGACCAAGAACAAGCACGGCGUCCUCAGUGGUUCAUGUUGAGUCGGCAUCAAGUGUCGGGAUGUACAUCCUUUCAUCGGACAUUGUGACGAGGCUAUUACAAAUGCAGUAUCAGUAUCUGGGAUUGAGUCAACAUUACAAGUCAGCUUUGCGAUACUAUCCGAAUGUUUCCGAAUACUUCCGAAAGUUAGCGAAGACGCGCGGAGCCAUGUUGGAUGAAGUUACAAAGUAUAUACUUGCUAAGCAGGUAACCGAGGAGUUAUUGCAGUCUUGUCCUACCGAUUUCGUGAGGAUUAUGAUGUCAGACGGUUUCAACAAAUCUAUUGUCUACAACAAUGACGUCACUGAGUUGAUGACGUCAGCGUUUGUUGUAGCCAGGACAUCAGAAGCGGAACUAGGAGGAAAAUUGGCUGAAAUAUCUCUAUACGCUGAGAAGAACAACGACUUCGAAUUAUCGGAGUUCGUGGCAGCUGACUUACUCCCUCGAGUGACGAAAACUUUGCACGAGCACACGAAUCAUCUUCGAACAACUUUGCGUGCGACUGAAGCAUCUCCACAGCGACAUCUCGCGGAAUUUCUUUUUGAUAAAUAUUUGUUUAUGUAAAAUUUGUUCAUCAAUGCUUUAAUGCAUUUUUGUGUUAAUUGAUAAAAGACAAAAUUCUUAUUUGGAACGUCCAAUGUCAAAUAAUUUUCUGUUAUAUUUCGUCAUCUUUAUUUUCUCAUUUUUAACAAUUUUCAUCAAAAAAAUCGAGUGUUAAAAAUGCCUCUUGCCGAAUUUAUUUAUUAGGCUUUGGGAAGUGCUUUUCAAAAGUCUAAUGUACAUGGCUAAUUUUAUUUUGGCAUUAUUCAACAUUUUUUUGAGAGGUCAUGAUUCAUAAAAAAGCAUUGAUAAUUGAUAUGGUAAUUUAUCACUUUUGCGGCAAACUGAACUGUUAAUUUUAUAUCCGAUCAGGUUGUAUAUUCAAAUGUAUAUCACGAAAAUUUGCAAUAUUUCUGUGUUUACAUGCGAUUCCGAGAAUUUCAUGUUUUGAGAAUAAAAAUAUUGAAUCCAAUUCAA